AUGAAAGCCACUUUUGGUCAAGGAGUUGACGUGGUGUUGAACUCCCUCGCCGGCGACCUUCUGCGCAGCAGUUUUGAAGCAUGUGCCGACUUUGGCCGCUUUAUAGAUAUUGGGAAACGUGACAUCCUCGAUCAUGGCCUCCUGGACAUGUCCACGUUUGGCCGCAAUGUCUCUUUUAUGGCAUUUGACUUGUCCAAUCUCUAUCUCUCCAAAAAGCACAUCCAUCAUCAGCUCUGGAAGGCCCUGCUUACAGAAAGUCUGGAUUUAGUGAGAUCCAAGAUUUGUGAGCCUUGUUUCCCGAUCAAAACAUUCGAAACAUCAGAAAUCACCGAUGCAUUCAGGCACCUUUCCUUAGGCACACGACUGGGCAAAGUCACUGUUUCAUUCCAAGAUCCAAACACCAAUAUUAGGGUAGUUCCGGAGAAGUAUGAAACAGCCUUUAGUCCCCAGAAGUGCUACCUUAUGGUUGGGGGCCUGGGCGGGCUAGGUCGUAGUAUAUCCACGUGGAUGAUAUCUUGCGGUGCUCGACGGUUCGUAUUUCUCAGUCGAUCCGGUAUUGAUAAGCCCGAGGCGAAGGACUUGGUCGAAUAUUUACAGGCGCAAGGAGCCUAUGUCACAGUGAUCCGGGGAGAUGUUUGCCGGUACGAGGAUGUCGAACGGGCUGUGGAAGCUGGGGACUAUCCUAUUGGUGGCGUAAUCCAGGCGGCUAUGGCACUCGACGAGGCUAUAUGGAGUGAUAUGCCACAUAGCGCAUGGCAAACUACCAUGGGCCCCAAGGUGCAGGGGACAUGGAAUCUUCACAAUGCGUUGAGGCAGAAUAGUCGAGACUCCCAGCUGGACUUCUUCAUCAUGACUUCAUCUAUCUCCGGAACUGUGGGCACAGCAACUGAAAGCAAUUACUGCGCAGCCAACUCGUUCCUAGAUGCUUUCGCCCGGUAUCGAAACCAUCUCGGACUACCGGCUAUUUCCAUCGGGUACGGGAUGAUUUCAGAAGUGGGAUACAUGCACGAGCACCCAGACAUCGAAGCGCUCAUGAAGCGUGGAGGUGUCCAUCCCAUCAAUGAAGACGAACUAAUCCAGAUCAUGAACAUGGCUCUCGUAAACCAAAGACCAUGCACAUGGGACUCUCGCUACGAUCACCUGGCGGGCAGCCACAUUCUCACCGGGGUGGAAUUUAACGGCCUCCAGGAGCAGCGGGAACGAGGAUUCGAGGGCGACAACCAUGUCCUUGCUGAUCCUCGCGCUGCGUUGUUCACUGCGUCAUUUGCCCGCCGCGCCGCAGGCGAGGGCGAGGGCAAGUGCGAAACGCGCAACGCGACGGCACACCUUCCUAAGAAUAUUGCGCGAGCGCUGCGCGAAAACCAAGAUGUGGAGUCGACUCUCAAUGCACUUCGUACUGUUUUGUCGACGAAGAUCUCUAAUCUAAUCCUUCUGCCGGAAACUGACCUGAAAGCAGACCAGCCUCUAGGUGACUCUGGUCUGGAUUCUAUGCUGGCUGCUGAGUUUCGGACCUUUAUCUUCCGCAUGUUUGAAGUUGAUAUUCCUUUUGUGGUACUUCUGAAGAGGAGCACAACUGUGAAUCUUCUGACUGAUAUGAUUGCCCAAGGUCUACAUGCAGGUACUUAG